AUGGCCUCAGACAAAGACAGCAUCUACUUCUACAAUCCCUCCCUCGCGGCUUCCGUUCUCUUCGCCAUCAUCUACAUCAUCCCCCUCAUCUACCAGUCCUACAUGACAUUCAUCUUCCCCCGCAAAGCCCGAACCCCACGAACCAACUACUUCAUCCCGACGGUGAUUGGCGCCGCCCUCGAAGUAGCAGGCUACGCAACCCGCUGCGCCAGCGUCCAGAAACCAGCGAAUAUCGGCCUCUACGCCGUCUCCAGCACCAUCAUCGUCAUCGCCCCGGUCUUCGUCUGCGCGAGUCUCUACAUGCUUCUUGGCAAGCUGGAGGCUAGCUCCGACGGGGGUGCGAAAAAGCCCGCAGCUUUUCUGCGUGGGGGUCGGGGGUCUGGGAGUGGGAUUGCGUCGUCGGGGAACUGGGAGGGGUCGACCAAGGACACGGGGAUUGGGGUGUUAAUUGGAGGGCUGGUGUUGCAGAUUGUUACGUUUGCGACGUAUCUGGUUAUCAUGGUUUGGUUCCAUUGGAGGGCGAUAGCCGAAGGUCACCGGUUGCUGCAUGGGGUUCGGAUGCUCCGCUCAAUCUAUCGUGUGUUUGAAUUUGUGUUCGGCAUUGACUCGUACACGUUUACGCAUGAAUGGCCGUUGUACGUGCUCGAGGCUGUUCCCAUGCUUGUUGCCUUGUUGGUACUGGGCUGGUUCCAUCCGGCGCGGUGGUUGGCAAUGUCUGAGCUGGAGGGGGAGCAGGUCUAUUCUCUGCGCAAGUCGUCCAGACGACGACGAAACACCGAAGAGCAAUCGCUAGCUUGA